AGUUAAGAAGCUAUCUUUAUUAGUGAUGUCAGCCCCUCUUGACCCCCACCUCGCCGUAAAGCUCCGAUAAGAUGAAGAAAUUACCUAAGUACCUGCUACAUUUACCUCAUUGUGCGACUUCAUACUUCCACACAAUCACAUCUGUUUAACCUUAACUCUGAUACUUACGGUCAUCCUGCUCAUUGUUUGAGAAACACCCUUGCGCGGCAUAGCUACAAGCGCAAUAACAACUUAUUUUGAGCUAUUGUGUCCGGUUGUUGGAUCUAUUGCUAUGGCAUCCAAGGUAUUCAUAGUGACCGGUGCUAGCCGAGGCCUAGGACUGGCUGUAGCAGAAAAGUUGCUUCAAACCUCACAUAAAGUGUUCCUUGUAGCAAGAACGGAAAAAGAUUUGCAGGCGGUCAAGACAAAACACCCAUCAUCGGUUGACUUCCUAACCGCAGAUCUAUCAGACGUAAAGGUUACACCGAGCAUCAUUAGCUCAACUUUGAAGUCAUUUGGCAGGAUUGACGGUAUCGUUGUAAACCACGGUGUCCUAACACCAAUCACAAAGAUAUUUGAAUCCAGUGUUGAGGAAUGGAAACAUGCCUACGAUAUCAAUUUCUUUAGUGCCUUGGCACUGAUCAAAGAAGCUAUUCCUGAACUUCGAAAAUCCCAGGGCCGCGUCGUCUUUAUCUCUUCUGGCGCAGCAUUUGGCGCUUACGCAGGAUGGGGAUCUUAUGGCACUUCUAAAGCCGCACUCACUCACCUAUGUACCCACUUGGCCGUUGAAGAACCAUCCAUUACUACAGUCGCAAUCUCGCCCGGUAAGAUGGAUACGGAGAUGCAGAGGGAAAUAAGAGACAAUGGUAAAGCUGGAAUGGCGCCGGAGGUUCACGCCAGCUUUGUGGAAGAGCACACGAGUGGUCGACUGGUAAACCCUAAAGAUUCUGGCAAUGUUAUAGCCAAGCUAGUCAUUGGAGCUACCAGUGAUCUAAACGGGAAACACUUCCGCUGGAACACGGCCGAGCUAGCCAAUUUUCAAGGACAAUAGGGAGAGAUAAAUCGCAAGUUACUAGUAUCGCCCACCAAGUCAGUGGAAGUAGACAAUUUAGACGAUAGACGGGGCAGAAGGGAUGUUGCUUCAGGCGAAAGAUGAAAAGACUAAGUGAUUUUCAACAUAGAAAUUCAGUUCGAAUGGAUGUCAUCAUAAGCAAUUAUUGCUAGGGCAACGUAUUUACCAUACCUUACGAAAAAACCGCUUCUAGAGUCUAAGAUCGAAGCUCACAAAUAUCAGGCUUGCAGUAGGGAAAAAAACCAAAGCUAUACCAUAUGUAUUAGCCUUCCAAUCCUUGUGUAAUAGAGGCAAUAUUGUGUGGGUAAUGGUAAUCGGUCAGGGAGUUUUAGGGUCCAUCACGUAAAAUCGGUAUUUGAUAGUACUAAAAAUUUUCGGCAUCAUGUUCGAAGGUAAUGUAGGGGACGAUGGGCGCGAGUAUGUAUACCUUUAUCGCAAAAACAACCUAUGUUUCCAUUAUCAGCAAAUGAAAGAAGUGUCGCAUCAAAUGUAAAAAUAGGUAACAAAUUAACUCAGAAAUGUCGUUUGGCUUGACGUGUCGAUCACCAUGUUGCCAUUUGGCUAUAGUAAGACUGGGGCGACAACAUGUUCAUCAUAGUGAAAGCAAUGUGGUUGCUGGACGGAAUAGAAAAAACAAAUAUACCUUGAGAGGUUGUAGAAAACU